GUGGAAGUCCACACUUCCAGGGAGGAAGAAGCUCUGAAUGGGACUAACAUACGCUUAAAAUGCACCUUUUCCACCUUUAGCCCCGUUGGCCCACAACUGACGGUGACCUGGAACUUCCGGCCUGAGGAAAAAGGCUCAGAUGAGUCUAUUUUUCAUUAUCAGUCUGUUGCCUACCCGACUGAAAUGGGGACAUUCAAAGGCAGGAUUUCCUGGGUCGGGGACGUUGCCAAGGGCGAUGCUUCCAUCGCCAUCCAAAACCCAAUGCUGAGUGACAAUGGGACGUUCUCCUGCGCUGUGAAGAACCCUCCGGACGUGCACCACAACAUUCCCUGGACAGUGCUGACCGUCACAGAGAGGGGCCUGUCUUUCCAGCUGACAUCAGCAAUGUUGCUGUCCAUCCUAGUGUUCGUUCCCUCGGUCAUUGUGGUGAUUCUGCUGCUAGUGAGGAUGGGAAGGAAGUUUGGGUUGCUAAAGAAUAAAAAAAAAUCAGGCUAUAAGAAAUCCUCCAUUGAAGUGUCUGAUGAGCCUGAACAUAGCGAGAGAGAUGGCUGCAUGAGAAGGCUGGGGAUAUGGUGUCUGCAGUGUGUGGACUUUGAUGAUGAAGACCCAUACUGAAUGACCAAAGCCAGGUGAAAGGAGAAAUUGCAGCAUUGGAAAGUUCUAUCCAGAAAGUCCCAAAGAUCCCUGGAGACCCAGUGCAGGAUGAAGCCACCUGCCUCUCUUACCCUGAAGAAUUGGGAGAAUGAUGCUGAGAUAGAAGAAUCAAUUUUUAUUGAAUGAUAGAAAUUACGAUUUUAAAAUCUUUAUUUAUUGCAAAA